AUGGCUAUUGAAUGUCUCUCUUACUCCUAUAGCCUAGUAUGGCCGUUCUUAUGUGUUUAUGUGGUUGACAGCUUGAACUGUGUGGAGUGGAGCCUUCUGCCACCAGCUACUGAGGAAAUGAUCACACAGACUGCGGGAUUAAAGGGCCGUUUCCAAGGGGAUCCAUCUUAUGAAUAUGAACCCCCUGAGAAGAAGGGAGAAGAGAAUGAGAGAAUAUAUGAAGAAGAAGGUCCCAUGAUCAAGGAGGAAAUCCGUCUUGUAACUACAAUAGAUCAGAUAGAUAAGGCGGUGGGAAUGAUCCCUCGGGGUGCAUUUAUCAAGACCCCCAUUGGACCUGUCCAUGAAAACAGGAACUUUGAAGGUCUGUCUUUGACCGAGGCAAAAAAAUUAAACUCCUAUUUCCACUUCACUGAGCCUGUUAACCUGAAGAACAGAACACUCCUGGAGAAGGCUGACCUGGACCCAUCCAUUGACUUCCUGGACUCUUUGGAGCAUGACAUCCCAAAAGGAUCCUGGAGCAUCCAGCUGGAGAGGGGAGGAAGCCUGGUGAUUCUGAGGAGCUUGCUGUGGCCAGGACUGACAUUCUACCACAUCCCCAGGACUAAACAGUACGGCUAUAUCUACCUUGGCACUGGUGAGAAGAACAUUGACCUGCCCUUCAUGCUGUGAAUUGCCCACCCAAGCUGAAGAUUCAAUGAGAGAGAUUAUAUAUUUGAGGAUUUGUAGUAGUUUGUUAUAAUAAACCUGUGUGAAACCUC